AAGCAGGAGCAAAAUAUUAUAAAAGGAAACAAGGAUUUGUUUUGAUUGAUGCAUCUACGUAAAUUGAAUUAGUAUGGGCUGUUGAUAUUUUAAUCCCAGUAAAACGGAAAACGUUUCUCCUGGAUCAGAAAGAUUAAUGGAAGAUAAACUAUUGAAAUGGAAGAAAUAAUAAAAGGGUUAGAAAAGAAUGGUCGAUUACGGGACACCUCUUGUGAAGCAGAGCUCCAGGAACUAUUGCAUCAAAUUGAUGUCAUGGUGAAUCGCAAAAAAGUUGAAUGGGAACAACGGUCACAAAGUCUUGAGACCCAGCUGGAAAUGUGUGAACAGGAAUUGACCAAUGUACACACUUGCCUUGAUUCGAAACAACAUGAGGUGGAUAAGCUUCAUCAGCAGUUACAAGACUUUGAAAACUCUCAUGGAUUAAUGAUACAGAAGUAUGAAGAGCAGUUUAAUUCAUUGAAGUCCGAUCUCUAUCAGUUGCAUAGCACCUACGAAAAGCUGCAAAAACAUCAACUAAAGCAAGCCAAGGAGACAUUCAAGCAACAGCCCCAAAGUUCUGAUGCCAAAUUGAAUAAUUGGAAGCAGAUAGAAAUAUGUGAAUCAGAAAUAAAAUAUCUGAGGACUUGUGUGGCUUGUGCUCAGGAGACUAUCAGGAGUGAUGAGGCCAGCAUUGAACAAAUGAAGAGUACUAUUGAGCAAAAGACUACACAAGAAGAAUUGCACCAGGAGGAGCAGCAAAAUCUCUUGGAAAAGAUUAAAUGUUACCAGAAGAGAUGUCAGAAAAUGGAAUUAAAACUUUCGGACCUGCAAACGGAAUUGCAAUCACGAGAUGAUCUAUUACAAGUGAACCACUUGGAGCAGAAACAACUACGAAAGGAGCUCGCCAGGGUCAGACAAUCCAUAAUGCAAAAAGAUGAUGUCUCAAGAUCAAUGGAACUAACUAAUCUUGAAAUGGAACUGAAGAGCACUUUGAAACAACUCGAGGCAAGCAGUCAGACUGAAAUAGUGCUGCAGGGGGAGAUCAUGAGAUUAAAAGCAGAGCUUGAUUUAACACAUACGUAUUGCGAUCAGCAGAAGAAUGAGCUCAGCAGAAAAGACGAAGAGUUGCAAAUAUUGCAGAAUGAGUACAUGGAAGGGAACAAGGAAAUCAAUAAGUUGAGGAAUUGUCUUUGUGAGAAGGAGCAGUCACAUAGCUCUGAGAUGGUGGGAAUUAGAACGGAGGUCUCUAACCUCUCUACAGUGCUUGAUCAAAAAGAAAUAACCAUAGCAACUGUCACAGAGAAAACCGCUCAUCUGGAAAAGCAACUCAAAACUGAACAGGAAAAAAGAGAUCAUAUAUCAGCUGAAUAUUGGGUGGCCAUGGACCAGCUUGAAUCUCUUAAAGCAGAGAAUAAACACUUAAAGGAAAUGUUGCAAACUUUGGAAGGUCAAAGAGCUAUGAUAGAAAAUAAUCAAUUGAAGGAACUUCAGAAUACUUAUGCAGCCUCUAUCCAUAAACUGGGUUAUGACAAUAAACUGUUACAGAAGGACUUGGUGAAAUUAAAGGCAGAACUGGAAAUGUCUACCAGGACUAGCCAGGAAAAGUAUGAAGCAGCUCUCCGCCAUACACAGCAUGCUGUUACAGAGAUGAAAGAACAUGAAAGCAGGAGAGUUAAGAAAUUGCAACAGGAAAAUGAGAAGCAAAUGAGCACCGUGGAAAGCAAACUUGAAGAAACGAUACAACAUUAUGAAGAAAAAAUUAAAAACCUUCAGAAGAACAGCUUUAAUAUUUCUGCACCAUGCUUCAGGAGUACAGAAAGUAGAGAGUAUUCAUUGGAAAGAAACCUUGCACCCACAAAUAUAGCAGAUAACUCUUUUUUCCAUUGCAAUAAUGUUAAGAAUGAACCGUGUGCAGAUAAAAAUGAAUCUGAUUGUUCUCUAUGCACCGUCCUUACCAAGGAGAGCUCCCUGCCACUGACUCCCACAGAGAUAUCAGACACCUCUUCAGUAACAGAACAUUUCCUUGAAGAGGAAGACGAACGGGCCCGAGUCCUGGAGAAAUUGCUUAAUUCACACAUUAAUGAACUACAGGCGGAUUCAAAGCAUACACUUCAGAUAUAUGCAGGAACCAAAAUGGAUAUACCAGAUUCCAGAGCUUCAUGGUGUCAGUGCACAUGCCAAGAUAUCUGAAAUUGUGUUUUUCUCCUGGAUUUAUAUAUGCAGUACAAAGUAAAUUAAUUGAAGUGC